AUGCCGCCACCUACAGCAGAUUUCCGACAUAAUCCCGCCAGUGCGAGCACUGCAGCCACUGCCAAUCCCGUCCGCACAACCAGCAAUUUAAGGCGUGUGCAAUCCAGGGCUGUCCAUGGUACGGUCCUUUACACACCGAGAAGUGGCAUAGAACGCCGACCACGUCCACCAGGCCCGACCUUUCCGACGCCUCUCAUCCGGGCUCGGCCGCGCCGUCCUCACACAAUCCACAUUGUCUCGUAUCCUGCCGGCUACAUCCCGUCUGAAUUGCGAGGUGUUUUGGACCCCGACCACGUUAAGAAGGGCAACACCUCCCGUCCGUCACGUGGCCGCACCAAGACGCUGCAACGCAGAGCUUCUGGCCAAGGUAAUUCAGCCAAACGACAAUUUGACAAAAUCAUUGCCGCGUUUUCUGCACUGCCAGCACCGGCAGCUGCCCUGGCAAAUCCUUUGCCUUUGGGACAAAUCCAGUCCACCUCGGAGCAAAGUCAAAUUCCACCGCCGACCGAGGUAUCAAUCGCGCUGGCCCGGACCAACUCCAGCUCUGGAUCGUCCCGGCCCAAUAGUUUUCUGAACCUCAGCGGACGCUUGUCGUUGACGCAAACACGCUCUGUCGACAGCACCCGGCCGCCGCUUACCGCACCAAUUCCUGCUAUCGAACUUCGCUCACCGGCGAACAGCGCCUCGGCGAUUCCGCAAUCGUUACACCAGGGCGAAAACACUAAUCUCAACAUGUUAUCCACACAAUCCAAUAGCAACCGCAACAGCUUAAUAUCUGUUCGGUCGGUCAAAAACAUCAUAUCGUCGUCCGUCGCCGAGGUCAAUGAAAAGCCCAUUGCUUCAGCCGGCGGCAUGUCCUUUGACAUUGCCCUGACCGAGCCACAUCUGUUCCUCUACGGCUUCGACCACGACACCCGCACGGAGCGCCGCCCAGUUCAGAACACCCCCGCCAUCCUGCGCGGUACGUUGCGGCUCAAAGUCACAAAAAAUGUCAAAAUACGAGCCAUCACCAUCAAGCUGCAGGCCCGGGGCCGUACGAAGUGGCCCGAGGGCCUACCGUUUGACAGAGAGGUGCGACAUGAGGACAUCUCGCUGCGCAACAGCAACCAGACUUUCUUUAACGCUAUGCACGGCUCGUGGUCCACCCCGUACGGCAACAACUGCAACAUCAUCAAGACGCAGAAAGAGUUGCCGUCGGACAACUCGCUCGCGGUCACGUUCGACAAGUUUGGCUCCAGCGGCAACGAGUCUCAAUUGGCGCUCCCGGGCAUGUCAUCCCGCGACAUCAAGCGGCUGUCGCUGCAGCAAGUGCAAGCGCGCAGCUUCGGCAAGGAGGACUCGCCGAUUGUCCAAGCCACUCAGGCCAAAGGCUACAAAGUCUUCGAGCCGGGAUGCUAUGAGUACACCUUCGACUUCCCCAUCGACCACCACCAGCUCGAGUCCAUCAACCUCCCCUUUGCCAGCGUGAAUUGGUGGCUCGAGGGCUCCAUCGAGCGCGCCGGUGCGUUCAAGCCCAACCUGCACGGCGUCAAGGACGUCAGCAUCAUUCGUGUGCCCGACCAGCUGUCACUCGAGACCGUCGAGCCCAUCUCCAUCUCGCGCAGCUGGGAGGACCAGCUGUUCUACGACAUUGUCAUCUCGGGCAAAUCGUUCCCCAUUGGCAGCAAGAUCCCCAUCGCCUUCAAGCUGACGCCACUGGCCAAGGUGCAGCUGCACAAGAUCAAGGUGUUCAUCACCGAAAGUGCAGAGUACUGGAGUAGCAACCGCCGCGUCACUCGGAAAGAUCCCGGCCGCAAGAUCCUCCUGUUCGAGAAGGUGGCCGGCAAGCCCCUCGACGAACAGUACGCGUCAAGCGACAUCAACUUCACUGCGGGCGGCGAGCUGACGCCCGAAGAGCGUGCCGACGCCCGCAACUCUGCCAUCCGCCGCCGCGAGCUAGAGGCCCGCCGCCUCCAGCAGCCCGCCGAGCCUGUCCCGGAAACGGGCGAGAACCUGCUGGGCGAUUUGGAUCUGGGCCUCGAAGCCUACUGGGGCUCGACGGAGCUCGAGAUGAACGUGCAGGUCCCGACCUGCGAGCAAAUGGCCCGCGAUCCCGCUCUCCGCCUGCACCCUGACGUAAGCUGGCGCAACGCCCACGUCUACCACUGGAUCAAGAUAGUCCUGCGCAUCUCCAAGCUCGACCCAGAGGACCCGGCCGGCGUCCGCCGCCGCCACUUUGAGAUCAGCAUCGAUUCGCCAUUCAGCAUCCUCAACUGCCGCGCCACGCAGACCAACACGUCUCUGCCCCGCUACACGGGCAUGGAUAUGAGCCUAGCCGAUUCCUGCGUCGAGUCGGCAUGCGGUUGCAGCGACGCCAUGGACAAGUGCCGCCCAUCGGCACCGAGUCCGAGCGCAUCGAGCCGCACCGGUUCGUUUCCUUUCGGCUCGGAGCUGAACGUGGGGAUGAUGCCCGCACCCCCCCAGGCAGCACACCUGCAUUCUGGCACGCACCAACCAGGAUCGUCGGGUGACAGCAUGUCGGUGUACACGCCGCCGACGAGCAACCGAGGCAGCCAGAUGUCGUUGGCCUCGGCAACGCGGGAUUCCAUGAUGGCGCAUGCGGCGGAGAUUGGCGCUGCAUCCCGUGCCUCCCAAGCGCACACUGCGCAGACGGAGCAGGAGGCGUUCGAGAACCCCCGUCCCAUCCACCUGUUGCGGGUGCCCUCGUACGCACCACCUGCCUUUGACGCCGACUCCUCGCCACCGCUGGCGGCUGACAUCAUGACGCCACCGCCCAACUACGACUUGAUUGUGGGCACGCCCAGCGUCGAUGGGCUGGCGGACUACUUUUCGCGCCUGGCCAACUACGACGACGACCACCAGGGCUCGGGAUCGGACGGUACCGUGACGGACACGGACACGAUCAACAUUGGGCUGGACGACGACGACUCGGACAGCAGCGAGGGUGACAACGUGCCGGCGCGCAUCAGCUCGCGGGGCGGCCGCGUGAACGUACCACACCCCAACACGCCGGGCGGCCUGCAGCGCGCUCCGAGCCGCAGCAUGGACAUCCAGCGGCCGAUGGUGCCGUUCAACUUGCACAUGGCGAACCACGCCGUCCGACACGCCGCCCAGUAG